AUGGAUGAGGGAAACUGCUCAUCACUGACUGAGUUCCUUCUCUUGGGGAUUACUGAUAAUUCAAGCAUGAAAGUGGUUCUGUUCAUUGUCUUUCUAAUUGUUUAUCUCAUUAUUUUCCUGACAAAUGUAGGAAUGAUCUUUUUGAUCAGAAUGGAUCCCCAGCUCCACACCCCCAUGUACUUUUUCCUCAGCCACCUCUCUUUCUCUGACCUCUGUUACUCCACUGCAGUUGGGCCAAAGAUGCUGGCUGACCUACUUGCUGGGAGCAGGUCAAUUCCCUUUGCUGGCUGUGCCUUGCAGUUCUUCUUUGUAUGCAUCUUUACAGAUGCUGAAUGCGUGUUGCUGGCAGUGAUGGCUUUUGACAGGUACAAGGCUAUCAGUAAUCCCUUGCUGUAUGCAGCAGACAUGUCCAGCAGGGUGUGCUACCGACUUCUGACUGGAGUUUACCUGGUGGGGAUGGCAGAUGCUUUGAUACAUACAACAUUGACAUUUUGCUUGUGUUUCUGCGGGUCCAAUGAGAUUAAUCAUUUCUUCUGUGAUAUCCCUCCUAUCUUAAUACUAUCUUGCUCAGACACACAGAUCAACGAAUUAACAAUAUUCACCAUUUUUGGUUUCAUUGAACUGAGCACCAUCUCGGGGGUUCUUGUCUCUUAUUGUUACAUCAUCUCAUCUGUCUUAAAGAUCCACUCUGGUGGAGGGCGCUUCAAAGCUUUCUCCACCUGUGCCUCCCACUUAAUUGUAGUUGCAAUUUUCCAGGGAACUCUGUUUUUCAUGUAUUUUCGACCAAGUUCUUCUUAUUCUCUAGAUCAAGACAAAAUGAGCUCACUGUUUUACACCCUUGUGAUUCCCAUGCUGAACCCUAUGAUUUACAGCCUGAGGAACAAGGAUGUGAAAAAUGCCCUGAAAAAACUGAAAAGUAAGAUUUGGCUUUCAUAA